AUGAAUGUUCAACAUCCAAGUCUUCCAAAAGCAGACAACGAUGUGUUGAAGAUAGAAGCUAUGAACUUCCACUCAUUACGACUUAUCAAGAACUUAGCUCAUAAAAGAUACAAGGAGAGCGAUCCUCCAAGGAAAUUAUUUGGUGCUCUUCAUAACACAGCAUAUGUUGCUCCUACAGACAACAAGUGGCAUCAUGAAGACAGUCAAUCUGAUGGUGAAGAACCUGAAUUAAAGAGGAUGAUGAGUGAGAAGUUUGGUCCAGAACCAGAAGUGUUCGAUGAAUCUGACAGUGAUGAUAAUGGUGGUGAUGGUUUGGAUAUGAGUUCGUUGAUCCAUGUCAUCGGUCGUGACCUCACAAUGAAAAGUCUCAUGUCCCUGCCAAGAUACAACUAUGCUCGCAUCGCGUCACAAAACCGGAGUUUUCGUGAGCUCAUUAGAAGUGGUGAACUUUAUAGGCUAAGAAGCACUCAUCAAGUAAUUGAACAUUGGGUCUAUUUUUCUUGUGACCCAUUGAAGUGGGAAGCUUUUGAUCCUGUCAAUGAGAAAUGGAUGAAUCUACCCAUGAUGGAUACUGACUUAGGCUUCCAGUUCUCGGAUAAAGAGUCCAUGGCAGUUGGCACAGACCUACUGGUUAUAGGAAAUGAUAUGCUAGGUCCGGGUAUCUACAAGUACAGUUUAUUAACAAAUUCAUGGUCACAAGGGCUGCCAAUGAAUGAACCCAGAUGGUUGCUUGGGUCGGCCAGUUUUAAGAAUAUUGCAAUCUUUGCAGGUGGUGUGGAUAGAAAUGGAAAGAUCAUGGAUGCGGUAGAAAGUUACGACAGUGAGACAGGGACUUGGAAGACACUUCCUAGUAUGAUUAAGCCGCGGAAAUUGAGUUCUGGGGUCUUCAUGGAUGGUAAGUUUUAUGUAAUAGGAGGGAUUAGCAGUAAUGAUUCAAAUCCAUUGACAUGUUGAGAAGAGUAUGAUCUGGAUACCUAAAAGUGGACUGAAAUUCCCAACAUGUCACCUGGUGGUGGCGGACCUCGAAUGGCUCCACCGCUGCUUGCAGUGGCAAGCAAUGAGUUAUAUGCUGCUGAUUCAAUGGAACUGAAGAUGUAUAGCAAGAAAAACAAAGAAUGGGUUGCUAUUGGAAGAUUGCCUGAAAUAGCACACAGUAGGGAUGGUUGGGGUAUUGCAUUUAGAGGAUGUGGGAAUCGUGUCGUCAUCAUUUGUGGUCCUAGAGAUACCCAAAAUAGAUAUAUAGAGAUAUAUUCAUGGGUCCCUAGCGAAGGGCCACCACAGUGGAUGAGGAUUGGCUGGAAAAGUAGUAAUAACUUUGUCUACAAUUGUGCUAUAAAGGGCUGUUAA